AUGGUGACAGGAGUGGAAACGGCUGGGCUCGUCCUGGGAGCCAUUCCUCUCCUCAUAUCUGCCCUUGAGAACUAUGAGAAAUUGACUGCUCCCACAAAAGCGUUUCUACGUUGGAAAGGGCAUUUGAGAAGGUUAAUUCUGGAGCUCUAUACAAUACGCACUUCUUACGAUCAAGCUGUUCGUCUCUUACUGAAGCCAUUCGCCGACCUCGCAGACCAAAUCACGAUGAUGGACAAUCCCCGAAGCGAGUUGUGGAAGGAGGGAGAUAUUGCAGACAGUCUACGUGAUCAUUUAGGGCUGGCAUACAAACCAUUCACUCUCACCAUAGAUGAAGUUUCAGAGAUCCUGGUUGAGAUAGCGAUUUGCCUUAAUAUCCCUGGGUCGCAACAGGUUUUCUUAGGUGAAAAUCUCCUGCCAAUCGUCGAGUCUAAUUUGCAGAUCGCGAAAACUCCGUUCCUUCACAAAAAUUUCAACUUCGGGCCAAGAAUAAAGUUUACCAUGAAGAAGAAUCGCGUGAAGGACGCCCUAGAGCGUUUGGAACUUUGCACGGGGAGGAUUGAUGCCUGGACCUCUCGAGCCGACAAACUGCAGGAUGAGACACCACAAAGUCGUCUGAAGCUGAAGUUUUCUGCAUCGUUGGGUACCAUCCAAGAGAACGCGACCAAAAUCAAAGAAAAGAAAGAGACCUCUGCAAGAAACGAGCUCGAACUUGGUGGCGCAGGCGACUUGUUUCGGAUUGAGUCUUCGUGGUGA